AUGGCGCCCGCCACUUCUCUUAUCGUCGGCGUCCUCGCCCUACAGGGCGGAUUCCAGGAACACGUCCACCUCCUCCGGAAGGCCUCCGCCCAGCUGUCCACGGCGGGGUCCGGCACGUUCCCCGCCGUUGAAGUCAUCGAGGUCCGCACUGCCGACCAGCUUUCCCGGUGCGAUGCCCUCGUCAUCCCCGGCGGCGAGAGCACCACCAUCUCCCUCAUCGCCACUCAAACGGGACUCAUGGCGCCUCUCAAGGACUUUGUAAAAGUCGCGCGCAAACCCGGCGGCCAAGAACUCAUCGGCGGCCUCGCCGUCCGCGUCCGCCGCAACCACUUUGGCCGCCAGAUCGAGAGCUUCAUCUCCGACCUCGACCUGCCCUUCCUCGCCGCGGACGGCCCUGCCGCCGCGCCCCAGGCCCCGCCAAACGGCGGCCCCGGCGAGGAUCAUGGCGGCCAUGCCGGCGACAUCAUCGCCGUGAGGCAGGGCAACAUCCUCGGCAUGAGCUUCCAUCCGGAACUCACUCCCGACGAGCGGAUUCACGCUUGGUGGCUGAAGCAGGUGGUGGAGGCGGCGGAGAAAAGGUGA